AUGUCAGGGACGGAUGCUGUCGGUCAUGAUAUUGCUCAUAUUGAAUGUGGUGAAGGUUAUGGCAAAGAGUGUGAUAUAGAAGAAUUAGUGGCUAUUUGUAAUUCAAAUUCAUCGUGUCGUGGAUUUAAUUCAAAUGGUUUCUUAAAGUCAUGUACAUCAGGCUGUGAUGCUAAUUGUUGUUAUGACGUAACACAAAAUGUUGAUUUAUACAUUCGUAAAGGAUUUUUACCGCCAGAUGACUGGCAAAAUGAUGUCUCCAGUGGUCGAAUACUAUUUGCUAAUCCAGAACCACACUUUUGUUUUUUACCUGAAAUUGCGAAUGGAUAUAUUGGUACUGUUGCUAUGUCAGCAGCUUUAUUUCAAAGUGGACUUUUCAAUGGCAAAUGUGGAAAUGUUGGAAAAGCAAGGUUACCAUCGCCUAUCGGUGGUUCGAUUAUAACUGGUGAACUUAUUGCUAGUGCUUUACAUUUUGAAAAGGCAAUGUUUACACGUCGAUAUCAAUUUGAUGAUCAAAAUGGUUCAAUUAUUGAACAUAGCGUGUACAUUAGUCAAACAUUAAAAAGUGUAAUGGUUGUUGAAUUUUCCCCUGUCACAUCUACAUCAAAAUUUGUUACAUUUUCUUAUUCAUCAACCUUUGAUCCACUGAAUCAAACACACAAUCCUGAAACAAAAUGUACAGGUGGUGGUGGCGUUGAAAUUGAUGUUGAAUUUACAUUGAAUUCCAAUUUAUCAACAUCAUCAAUGUACGUCUAUGAAGGUGUUUUGUUGAGUCGCGAUGAUCGUGAUCGAUUAAUUUAUGUGACAAUAUGUACACAACAGUCAAAGGAACCAAAUCAAACAUUAACAAUAUCAUCACGCGUACAAUUCAUUUCAACAUUAGCAAGUAGUAUUGAUUUUGGACCGAGUCCCAUUGAUCAAAUGACAGUAACACUUGAAGCAAUAAAUCGAUUUGAUGAAGCUUUAACAAAGAAAAAUGAUUUAUUUAAUGAACACGUUCAAGCAUGGAAAAACCUAUGGAGAUCUGGUAUUGAUAUUCAACCAAUGGAUGAUCAACCAUUCGUAAUACCGAAAAUUGUUUUGGAUACAGAUAACAAUGGUGAAAAUGAUACAGUCAUAACGAUAUUUUCACGGUCAUUAGAUAUUGCGCAACAUGUGAAUAGUUCAAUGUAUUAUUUAUUAUCUAGUUCACGUGAUGAUUGGCCAUAUGGUAUCAGUCCGGGAGGAUUAGCAUCACAAUCUUACUCUGGUCUAAUGUUUUUUGAUAUGGAUUGGUAUAUGAUGCCGGCUCUUCUACCAUUUUAUCCAUCCCGUGCCGAAAGUCUACUGCGCUAUCGAUAUAAUAGUUUAGAUGCAUCGAAUAACAUUGCACUUCGCUUUGGCUACAAUGGAUCUAUGUUUGCUUGGACUGCAGCGUAUUUAGGUCGAGCUGAAGGCUGUUGCGAUGGAAAAGGUGGCUGGGAACUUUGUAUUGAACAACAUAUAACUGGUGAUGUAGCAGUGGCUGUACAAAUGUAUUAUUAUGCUACGAAAGAUGAUAUUUGGUUAGAAAAUAUUGGCUGGCCUCUAUUACGUGAUAUAGCAAAAUUUUGGUCUAGUCGUGUAACAAAAACAAAUAAUGUGACAUAUUCAAUUGAAAAAGUAAUGCCUGUUGAUGAAUGGUGUGAUAAUGAUCAAACGAAAUGCGGUGAUAUUGGUAUUGAUAAUGCCAUACAAACAAAUGCUGUUGCUAUUGUAUCAUUACAAUUAGCCAAACAGGUUGGAGAUAUGUUUGGAUUUAGAGUCGAUCCCGAAUGGGAAAUCAUUGCUAAAAAAAUUAAAAUCAAUUUUAAUUCCACCACACAGACCCAUAUCCAAUGGGAUAAUGCUGUUUUACCACCAGCACCAUCACAUUAUGUUUGUCCAGAAGAUGUUCUAUAUUUAACUUAUCCAAUGAAUUUCAAUGUAACGCCUGCUAUAAUACGAAAUGAUGCUGAAACAUUUAUUCCAAUAACAUGCCAAGAAAAUGCGGGUAUGACCGCUCCUAUUCAUGCUAUUGUAUGGCUUAUGUUAAAUGAAACGUUGAAAGCCGAAGGCGAAUUCAAUCGAUCUUUACAAGCAUGUACAUAUGGAGAAUUUCAUGUUCGAAAUGAGGUCGAUAUUCAUGCAAAUAUCAUUGGUGGACAUGGAUUUAAUACUCAUUUUCUUACGGGUGAUGGCGGUUUUAUUCAAUCGGUCAUGAUGGGUUAUGCUGGGCUUCGUUAUGAUGACAAGAGUCUUCUAUUUAAUCCGUUAGCAGGCUCCCUUACGCCGGCAACUAAAAGUAUUCGAUUACGAAAUGUUCAUGUUCGAGGAGCAUAUCCAUUUGAUUUUACAAUCAAUCAGAAUUCAGCACAGUUUAUUUGUUCGGAUGUCUAUGAUAAUAUGUUGUGCAUUACUGAUAAUCACAAUAUUCAUUGGAACAUAACAAGCAAUCAAUUAACAUUAUAUUUUCAAGAUAUCCAUUUUCCACUACGAGUUGAUUUAUGCAUUUAA